GUCUUGCUUUCACUUCCUAACAUAAUAUCUAUGUCCCAGUUGCUUCUUCUGCAGCUCCUCAACACUACAAACCACUCCAAGACAAAACAACACCACAUAAUAAUAUCCACACAACGUAUUUUGCCACAAAUUUUGAAUCUCAUAUUUAGUGCUCUCAAUAGUGUGAAGAAAAAACUCCAACCACUCCUGUUGGGAAAACAUCACAAUUCACAAGCUGGUAAGACCAAUUAAAAUCUUCUGCAGCCUACAUAGUCACGGUUUGCAUGAUGAUGGCUUUGGCCUAUUAUGUGAAUUUGAGAGUCAGAGAUUGAGCUUGUGUGCUUCUAUAGUACUAUAAUAGUAUCUAAACUAUCUAUAAACAAAGUUUUUGUGUUGGUUUUCAUUUUUCAUCCUCCAAAGUCUCAGAUACUAUUCAGAAUUCAGUGUUCACCACCCCAUCUGUGGUUGGUUCCCUUUUCCCUUGUAACCAAAAAAUGCUUCUUUGAGAGCCUUUAUCUAGUGGGAUUCCUGACAGAUAUUGCCAUAACUCAAAAAGGUAACCAUCCAGUGCAAGAAGUGUUACAUCACAGAAAGGUUUUGAGUUUUCACAAGCCAGAAGAUGAUUCAAGCCUCUAUGUGGGUCUAUUUGCUUCUAAAUUUCCAAACUCAUUUCUCCAAGCUUUUCAAGCAGCAGAGCUAGGUGCUUCAUCUUACAUCAAAAGGGUACAAGAAUUCUAAGCUUGAAAAUUGGAAUUGUAAGUGUUUUUGAAGUGGUUGACACAAGAUAAUGACUCUUCACCACCGCUUGUUGCUUGUUGAUACAAAUUCAAGCUCACCUGCACCAAGCAGCAUGAAUAGAACAAGAGAGACUUUCACUGGUGAUGCAAAUUUUGAUACCAACAUGGUGAUUAUCUUGGCCGCGUUGCUUUGUGCACUUAUAUGUGCUUUGGGGCUCAACUCAAUUGUGAGAUGUGCUCUAAGAUGCAGCCGCAGGUUUGCUUUCGAGACACCGGAGGAGACCGCGGCACGCUUGGUGGCGAAAGGCCUAAAGAAGAGUGCAUUGCAUCAGAUCCCUAUAGUUGUUUAUGGUUCAGGUAGUGCUAGUAUUGCAGCCACAGACUGUCCAAUUUGCCUUGGGGAGUUUGUGGAUGGGGAGAAAGUUAGAGUGUUGCCAAAAUGUAACCAUGGAUUCCAUGUAAGGUGCAUAGAUACAUGGCUCCUCUCACACUCCUCUUGUCCUAAUUGCAGACAAUCUUUGCUUGAGCAUCCAACUAUUUCUGGAGCUGUAGCUGUAGCUGCAGGAACCAGUCAUCAUGUAGGGAAUGCCUUGGGAGGAAGACAUCAACAUGAGUCUUUAUAUGUGGCUGUGGAAGUGAUUGGCUAAUUGCAAACUUAACCCUCCGCCCUCAGAGUUCACUAGAAAGAAGGAAUGGAUGAACAAAUGGAGACUAGAGAGUUUUUAGCCUUGAGUUUGGAACUUUUUUUUUCUUCUCUUGUUUAACUUGCAUUUGUGUAAUUGUAUGAAAUUUUUUAAGAUAUUUGAGGUAGAUAUUAGUGUGGGAAUAGUGCAUGUUUGGAUUAUGGUUUCAUAGACCAUUCUGUGUUUUUGCAUGUUUUCCCGAAAUGAGAAAUAGUGCUCAUCAAUCUUGAAUGCUUGUUGUGUGUAAAUAGAUUGAAAAGCAAGUGAUGCACAACUUGUUGGA